AGCGGUAUCGGCGGCACAUGAUGGCGGAGGAGAGCAGCGUCUGCAGCUUUGUGUUCAAGAAGCGGGUCCGAGCCGCGGGCAGGGGACGGCGAAAACGGCCCGGCAGCGACCAGGAGCGGGAGAGCAGCGAGGAGGAGGGCAGCACUGUGGUGCGGAAGGAGCGGCGGCGGGAUGCUCCCAACCCCAUGAUUCAGAAGACCCGGCGCUGCACCAGGGAGAAACCGGAGUACGCGCCGAGCAGCAGYGAGGAUGAGGAUCCUGCCAAGGAGAUCGGAGUCACCUACAAAUCGACCAGGUCGGCGAAACCUGUUGGCCCAGAAGACAUGGGAGCCACAGCAGUGUAUGAACUGGACACGGAGAAGGAGAAAGAUGCCCAGGCCAUCUUUGAGCGCAGCCAGAAAAUCCAGGAGGAACUGAGAGGAAAGGAAGAUGAUAAAAUUUACCGUGGCAUUAACAACUACCAGAAGUACGUGAAGCCCAAGGACACAUCGAUGGGCAAUGCCUCUUCAGGAAUGGUCAGGAAAGGCCCCAUCCGUGCUCCGGAGCACCUGCGGGCCACGGUGCGCUGGGACUACCAGCCUGACAUCUGCAAGGACUACAAAGAGACGGGCUUCUGUGGCUUCGGGGACAGCUGCAAAUUCCUGCACGACCGCUCGGACUACAAACAUGGCUGGCAGAUCGAACGGGAGCUGGAUGAAGGUCGCUAUGGCGUCAACGAUGAUGAAAACUACGAGGUGAGCAGUGAUGAGGAGGACAUGCCUUUCAAAUGCUUCAUCUGCAGAGGUUCCUUCAAGAACCCUGUGGUCACCAAGUGUCGGCACUACUUCUGUGAGAGCUGUGCCCUCCAGCACUACCGCAAAUCCCAGCGCUGCUACGUCUGUGACAAGCAAACCAAYGGGGUCUUCAACCCUGCAAAAGAGCUCAUGGCAAAAUUGGAAAAACACAAAGGGGAAGAAGAAGAGGAGCAGCAGUCAGACCAUGGAGAGGAUCCACAGUAGCAGAGCACUAUUUUGUAUAUAAUUGAAUAAAGUUUUUGUAGGAGAAAAAAAGUUCACAGCUGUAGCCAGGGGUUGUGUAUCCARCCGGCAGCUACUGCAGUUACUGCUGAUUUAUUCUCUCCUGUUUUGGUUCCUGGAACUCAAGACAGGGACAAAACUUCAGUGGRCAACACACCUCUUGAAUCAGCCCCAGUAAGACUUCCUAACAAGGCAGGAAAUUAAGAUUUUACUAAUAGUAAGAUUAAAUCAGGAGCCAAACCUGAUCAUAGGGAGGAAGUAGAACUGGGCCUGCCCUUAACAAACACCCCUGCAACUGGGARAAUUUUACUGAAAUUUUCAGAAAAGAGCAAGCCCAGGUAUUUGCAACUUGUUGCUUUAGUUGAAGUAUGUUUGUGAAGCAUGAAGGCAGCUGCCAUAAACUGGUGAGCUGUAUGAAAAUAAGGAAGUAAAAGCAAGUGUGCACAUCCACCCUUUUUCACCCUCUGAUUCACUCCACCAUCCUGCAGAAACAGCAGACUUAAAAAACAACUUCAGAAAUAUUUUAUUUGUUUUGGAAAAAAACUAGAGUAACAAACUUUAUCUGGGCUCAAGUAUGGUUUAUARACACAAGAAGGACCUGUUGCCAGCACCACUACUCCCAUCAACUGCACCUACASAAGGAUUCUCAGUGCUUCAGUAAAGAGUAGACGACCUCCAGCACCCAUGGUCCUUGGAAAAAUCAAACUAAAAGCCUUAAAUACAUCUCCAAAAAAAACCAAA